CGCCCGAAUUACUGACGAGUUGGACCCACUCACUAGCUUUCCCUUCUCCUACCUCCAGCCAGCACCGCAUCCUGCUUCCUCGCCGCCUCCGCCCGCGCACGCACCCGCGCCGGCACCGCCGCCCUCCCUCCACAACAAGGGGGCGUAACCGCCCACGCCUUCCCCUUUCCACCUGGCCAGCUUUCCCUUCUACCUUCCACCUGCUCCCGCACCGGUGCCGCUCCCCGCUCGCUCCCCUACCCCGCACCGCUCCACCCCUGCGUCGUGACAGAGGAGCCCAACGGCCGCGCCGGCCUGCCUGCGUCACCCACGCGAUGCCUUGACCGCCCGCGCGCGCGCUCCGCGCCCGAACCCUAGCCCGGGACCCCCUCGGAUCAGCGCCACGCGCCCACGGCACGGACGCUGAGGAACCCUGCCGUCCUCGCGUUACCGAUCGAGCCAAACCCUAGCUAGCCGCCUACAAAAGCCCCAGCCGCCGGAUCCGAAACCCUAGCCGCCUUUGGGGUUUUCCCCUUGUCCGCAGGAGCAAAUCGGGGCCGACGGAGCCACGGACCCAACCCAAGGGGAAGUCUUCAUCUCUGCGUUAUACACAGUACUAUACACACCAUGGAUAGGUUUGCACGGAGGGGGCAGAGGCGCUGGAGCAUUUGGUCGAGUACCUGAAGCGCGCACCUUGUGGGGCCGGUCUCAAAGCGUUCAUCCAGGCGUCGUUCUGGCUUUCUUUUUUUUUAAAUUUUAUUUCCUCUUAUCUAUAUGCUGUCCAGGAAGCAAGCAGUCACCAUCCGAAACCCGCCGGCGCCACGCCCUCGUCUUCGCCUUCCCCAAGCCGGCGCCGGCCCCAUGGCGGCCUCCUCCUGCUCCUGCUCCUAUGAGGAAGACACCUCCGGCGGCGAACCCUCCGUCAAUAAACCCCUGGCGCCGGCGCGUCAAGAAAGCGACGACAGCGAGGAGGAGGAAGAAUCCGAAUCCGAUGAGGCGCCGCCGGAGCCACGGACCCAGCCCAAGGAGAUGAGUGUGUUUAGGCUCAGGAUUAAAAAGGGGCUACUGAACUGCACAUAUUGCCGCCGACCCCUCCGGCCUGACACUUACAAUGGCAGAGCGUACACGUGCCGCCAGUGCGUCCGCCGUCAAAUCUAUUGUCGUGAAUGUAUCCGCUGCCACCAUUUUCUGGCUGCUGAUACUCACUCCGCCUGCAAUUUGCUGAACCACAUCAUCGCUCAGAUGAAGUUCAAAUGCGACUGCAACAAAUACAUUCCUUACUGCGAGUUUGUGGAACACCGCCGUGAGUGCCCCUCUGCCAAAUAUUCCACUCCUCCUGCCCGGUGGAAGUGCAUGCUGAAGGCAAGUGUCCUUCGGUGUUCUGAAUGCGAGGUUCCUAUCCGGCCUCCCGUUUUCUUCUCGCGUUCGAGUAACAAUCUCAUUUGUAGCGCCUGCUACCGUGCUGAUAUCAGCACCUACCGUCACUGUACUGAGCUUGAGUACCUCCUCCAAGGUAUAAAGGUCAAAUGCAUUCCCUGCAAACAAUACUUUCCAUUCUCCUGGUUGGGGUCGCGCCGGGUGGGCGAUUGCCCAUUCAAGCGUGAAUUGCAAAACAUCGCCCCAGGCUCGAGUGGCCGAAAAAAGUUGUGUGAUGAAGAGGAAAACGAGAGACCUAUGGCGGGCAACAAUAGUAUCCAUGGGAAAAACAAGCGAAAGGUUCAUUUUGAGGUUGGUAAAAUGGACAAGCACAUUUUUCACGGUGAUGAGGUUGCGAGUGAUGAUGACUCAUAUGAUGCUUCAUAUGAUGACAACCAUCCUGAGAGUGUCAAAAGAGUGGCUGAGAACGCUUUUAAGACACCUUCUUGUGAUAAGAAAGCAAAGACUGCAACGCCAUAUGGGCAGAAAACAGAUGAAUAUGAAAGCACCAGGCCUCCAGCGGGCAACAACAGUACUAUCAUUGGGAAUACCAAGGGAAAGGCUCGUUCCAAGGUUCGUAAAAUGGACAAUCAUAUUGUUGACAGUGAUGUGGUUGAGAGUGAUGAUGACUUAUCUGAUGACAUCCAUCCUGAGAGUGGCAUUAGAGUGGCUGAAAACGCUUUUAAGACGCCUGCAUGUAAUAAGAAAGUAAAUAUUGCAAUGCCAUAUGGGCAGAAAACAGCACCUACCCAUCACGGCGCGUCAAGACGGCAGCACCUACCCAUCACGGCGCCCUCGAAGCCACCUCUACCUCGUCGCCCAGGCACCCGUCUCUUCGAAUCAGCCCGCAACAGGAAUAGGGCUUAACCUACAAAGCAGGUUAGCAGUGGACCAAACGUGAAGAUCCAUAGUGUGGUGGGCCGCAAGAACUGAACUGAAUGAGCCCAUCAUCAUAUAUGGUCUGCUGGGCCGCCGAAAAAAAUGUAGGGACAGCAGGCUCGGCUGACGCUUUUGCUUUCUCCAACCUUCCUCCCGUGCUCCUGAGCAGAUGUGACGUUGCAGAUGGAUUCCCCAUCUCCUCUCUGAUUCUGGCAGGCUGAUGGCGUGCGGCUCAAUGGUGAAGGACACCCAGCCUGACGCGCCGAUGGAAGGCUGAAAAGUCUCCCAACCACAGACGCUAGGACGCACUGAUCUUUUGUGACAUGGUGCACAGUUAAAUACUGUUUAUAUAAAACUCCUUUUAAGUCAACCGCAAAAGAUCAGACAGCAACAUGUCAUGCAAAAUUUUUCCUCUACUCUGAAGCACGGACAUCCUGUCGAAAAAAAAGCAACCUGGUGGUUACCAACACACGACAUGCAAACCCAGUGGGAAGCACCGGUCCUGGCCAUAGACUAUACGCGGGAGUUUUCCUAAAUUUGGCCUUCUAUAUCUCCUAGUCUUGCCAACUCAGCAAAUUUUUCCUCCCUAUCUCACCACUUUUCACAGCGGUCCCCCCUACAUCAUCCCUCUAAAUCCCACUAUCCACAUAUAAAAUCAUUUUCAUUCCAACUACCAUACUUUUCUCCUAACUUUUUUUUCUUUCAACUCUUUGUUUUAUUUCAUCUCGUUUUUAUUUCCACGAUGUAAAUGAUUACUAUUAAUUAUUUUUUAGUUA